AGGUUCUCCUCGCAGAACACAACAGUGAGGACAACUCACCUAUCCCCCUCCCUACUCAGGCUCUGUCAUAUGUAUGUCUGUUAUUGAGCGAUCUCUCGUUUUGUUCUCCCUGACCGGCUUUCAUGGGAGAUUCGCGCAUAUCAGCUACCUUGGCCUGGUUGUUGGCAUACAAUCCGGCCCUGGUUGGUUCGCCAGUGCAGUACUGAAGCACCUCUCCCCUUUCUUCUGUUACUUUUCGCCUUCUGUCUUCUUUUCUCUUUCCUCUCAACCUUUGAAAGAUCUACUAUCUUCUUCGCUCUCUUACAUUUUCUGAUAUUUCUCUUCUGGCCCCAGUGGGCAAAGUCCGAUCCGUUCCUUCACCGGCACUGGCGAAAGAGAUUCGUGACGAGACGAGA